GAGUCCAAAGGCACAAUGUACAACUUGUUGGCCUACAUGAAACACUUAGAUGGUUGGGACGAGGAGGCCCUGGAAUGCUUACAGCAGGCUGAAGAGUCACUCCAGCAAGAGCACUCUGACCAGGCAGAAGUCAGGAACCUGGUGACCUGGGGAAACUAUGCCUGGGUCUACUAUCACCUGGGCAGACUCCCAGAAGCUCAGGCUUAUGUUGACAAGGUGAAACGGGUGUGUGAGAAGUUUUCAAAUCCUGUCAGUCUUGAGUGUCCUGAGCUGGACACUGAGGAAGGGUGGGCACGGCUUAAGUGUGGCAACAGCCAAAUUAAAAGGGCCAUAGUGUGCUUUGAGAAGGCUCUGGAAAAACACCCACAUGACCCAGAAUUUGCCAGUGGACUGGCCAUUGCAAAGCACCGUGAAAGUGAGUGUCCAGCACCUGUAAAUGUCAUUAAUCUUCUGCGGGAAGCCAUUGAACUGAAUCCUGAUAGCAAGUAUGUUAAAUUACUCCUGGCUCUGAUGCUUCAGAAGAUGAAUAAUGCUGAAGGAGAGAAGUUAGUUGAAGAAUUUUUGGAGGAAGGACCAUAUGAAGCAGGUAUGCUUCAACAAGCAGCCAAGUUUUAUCAAAUCAAAGGAGACAUAGACAAAGCUAUAGAACUGUUUGAGAGGGCUUCAGAAAUGUUGCCAAACAGUACUCGCAUACACUCCAUUAUUGGGACUUGCUAUAGAAUAAAAGCCUUCAAAAUAUAUUGGGGAAAUAAUAGAAUGUGUCAAGAAAGUGAGAAGUUAUUACAGCAUGUAGUAAAACAAGCUAUAGAUCAUUUUAAGAAAGCUGUUAACAACAAAAAUCUCUCACAGAUCAACAUCAAUAUUGCUAUCCUCCAUGGAAUAGCAGGUAAAUACAAGGAAGCAGAACAUUACUUCCAACAAGAAUUCGAAAAAGAACUUACUCCUUUAGCUAAGCAAAACCUUCAUUUAGCUUAUGGCAACUUUCAGUUGUAUCAAAUGAAUUGUGAAGAGAAGGCCAUCCACCACUAUAUGGAGGGUGUAAAAAUAGACCAUGAAUCAAAGGAAAAAGAAAAAAUGAAAAGAAAACUAUAUAAACUUGCCCAAAAAAAGGUUUCAUGA